AUGCAAUCCACUUCCCCACCUCGAAUCGCCGUCUUGCUACCCUCUUCCCAGUCGAGCCCCCCCCCGUCCCAACUCACACGUUCAAGGCUUCACGAAUCUUCUUCCGCCGCCGCCGCCGCCGCCGCCCCCCGAAACGGCCUCAACCUUUUCUCUCCCUUCCCGCAGAUGAAACACAGUCAGGAGGAAACUGGGAGAGAGCGCGGCCGGGGCGGUAACAACAGCGGUGGCAACAACAGCGGCAGCGGCGUGAAUCAAAGACAAACACGCUACCGCCCAUCCCCGGCUCCACCUCUUCCGCGGGGCGGAGCAUCCUUCGUGCGCCUGCCUGCCAGCCCGAGGGCCGAAAGCGAAGGGCGACCAUCGCACGCGCACAGCGCCCCCGGCGCCGCGGCUGAGCUAGGCCCCGGCCUGCUUGGUUUCCAUGGCAACGGCACGGCAGUCUGCGGCGACUCCCCGGCCUCAAAAUGCAUCCCUAUGUACGCUUAGCUGGCUUGUUGAUUCGAAAUGUUUCUCAGCCGCCUUUCUUCCAGUGGGGGCUUACAAAGGACGGGAACGUCAUUAAGUCAAGAGUGCGAAUACAGUACAAUAACAACAAAGGAUCUGAUCCUGCCUCUUCUUCCCAGUCCUAGUCCAAAACAGUGUUAAGAAACUUAUGUAUGAAAGCUAGGGGCUAAAUGACACCUUAAACCUAGGGUGUGGGCGCAACAACGGAAUGUCUAGGUGUGUUUUUUUCAUAACAAGAAUAGAAAGCUGAAAAUGAAUGAACUGCCCCUAAAAUAUUAUGUUCGUUUUUCCCAUGGUCUCUAGUCCUUCCCCUGCUCAGCCCCCUAAUAUUCUUAAGAGGGUCUCUUCUCCAGUCUUCAGAGUAGCUGGAAGUGGGGAGGCAGAAAAAGAUCCCCCUUUCCUCCACUCUGCAGUUUUAAUCUGAAAUCUUAGGCGCAGUACUGCGCUCAGAACUCAGAAGCUGCUCCCACUAAUGAAAUUCCCUGUCGCAAAAUGCCCCUAGAACAAUGGGAGUUUCAAACACUGGUCCAAAAUUAUAAACAACUAGAGGACAUGGCUGCAUGGCUCCAAUCCUGUUUUUGCUUCAUCCUGGGGGUAUAAGUUCCAGUGAGGUUUAUUUCUGAGUUAAAAGUACAGUAACUCAGUGUUGGUUUAGCCUGAGUUAGAACUUACUUUAGCCUUAGUUUUUUGUUUUUUUUUUAAAUUAAGUUAAAUAACAAUUAAGCUAUCAAAUAAUUCAGCGUGACACAGCAAACCUCACAAAGGUCAAAUCAGAGAUCCCUUAUUUUAUACUGAAGGCAUUUAGUGCUUUUAGUGAAGACUGGCAAGGACUGUCUUAAAUUCUUAAUUUUUAAAUAGUGCCUGGGUUUUUCUUUAACACUGGGGGAUAAACAACGGCAGCAAAUAACGUGCAGCACCAAGAAAUCCAAGCAUUGUUGUUCCUGCUGUCUCUUACAGUAGUAGACCUGGCUAAUAAGCAUAGUAGUGGUGCUGAUAGUGGUAAUAAUACCUUACAGAAGUUUAAUGUGAUCUUUUAGAAUUUGUUUGCACUAUUUUGUGAACCACCCUGGAAGUGCAAAUAUAUAACGUUCAUCGGUCAACUAACUGUCAGUGAAACCUCUGCAAAGACACAGCAGGAACGUAAGGAUCUUUUGCAGCAACUUUUAACAAAUUCUAGGGACCAGACGAUGGGUGGUCGACGGCACAACGCUACUGACCGUUACGCAUGCGUAUUCUUCUUUGCCCUUUCCCUUCACCUCCCUUCUUCAGCCUCUUGCCCAUACGUAGCCUGUCCAAUGAAGAUGAGGUUUGUUGGACGGCGGGCGCUUGAGGGAGAAACUGCCCAAUAGAAAGAAGCGACGCUUUCAUUGAUUUGAAGGAAGUUCGAGAGCUUACGGCGCUACAUGAACGGGAGGAGGUGGAGGAAGAGGAAGGAAACCAUAGACUUUGCGUCUGUGAAUGGUGGUAGUCUGCGAGUUCUCCUUAUUCCCUGGCCCUCACAAUGAACUCGCUGGAACAGGCGGAAGGUAAUUCGGGGUUCCCCUGAGGCGGGAUGGGGGGCGUCAUAAAGGCACCAGCCUCCCUCCAGGGAAAGGACAUUUUGCCUGUCCUGUAUCCUCCUUUUCUUCCUCUCAGUGUCCCCAAACGAGUUUCUGCGGCAGCGAGCCGUCGCGGAAGAGAAAGAAAGCGGCUGGACCUCCAAAACUUAGUCUUCCUGAUUAAAUUGUCCUCCCGCUGCAGGGCUGACAACUAUCCAACUGGCCCAUGUGGUUGUGCCUUGAAACAGCAGACUGGUCCUCGAGAGACGAGUCGUACCGUGACAGUCUUGUUGCAGGACCUUGGCACUGGGUAAGGAUUAACAAAUGUUGUUGCUGUGGCAUAAGCUUUUGUGAAGUGGAUUCAGGUCUGCAGAAGCUUACACCAUAAUAACAUUUUGUUAGUGCUGUACCCAUCGAAGCUUGCGGCCAGUUUACCUGUGAGAGCGCCUCACCCCCAUAUAUGCCCACUUGACCAGUCUGCGGAACCGGCACCGUUGCAGGUGCCACAUAAUACCCGUUCUGCAUUUAUAAGAAAUAGAUCUUUUAGUGUAACAGCACCUACACUUUGGAACUCCCUGCCUAUGGAUAUAAGGCAGGCGCCUUUCUCUAUCCAGGCAUGUAGAAUGUUGAUGUAUGUUUUAAUCUGUUUUUAGUUUAUUUGCUUAUUUUAUUUUGGAAUAUUUUGCAUAGUUGUUUUUAACUGUUUCUACUGAUAAUUUUAUUUAUUGUUUUAUUCUCUUUCUAAACUGAUUUGAUUUUUAAAAUAAUAAAUAAGUGGUAUAAAUUUUGUGAAAUAAAUAAAAUAAAUAAUAUCUGUUCAGCACCAAUUCAUGAUCUUCCUUUUCCAACAAGCCUCUUGAAUUGAGGGUUUUGUUUUUGUUUUUAAAUCCCAAUCUGUAUCCGUAGUGGAAUUUAAAUUGUUUUUAAAUACAAUUCCAAUGUUAAACGACUUCCGGAGGUUUCAUGGAAAAUGAUAAAUAAUACUGUCUUAUACUGAUGUCUAAAAAGGAAAGUGUUUUGUAGCACUUAUUUAUGUUAUCUAAGUGCUACAAAACACUUUCCAUUUUAGACAUCAGUAUAAGACAGUAUUAUUUUUUUUAUCUCCAUGCCUUCAAGUUGCUCCUCAAUUGCUUUCUGUAAAUCAGGUGGUUGUUAAAAGGAACACAAGCAAAUCUGUAGAGUUUUUUGAAGCCACUAGUAACUGAACUUUUGUCAAAAAGAACAAAAUUACUGAAGGCAGGGUUUAGGGGAUAUUUCACAGAUGGUGCAAUAUGACCUUAUUUUAGACCUAUUAUUAGUACUGUUUAUUGUUGCUAUAGAGGCAACUAUGCCGAGUAUUUUGAAAGCCUCUUCUUAAUGUCUGCAAAAUGUGUAUGAUGGGGAUAGUCAAACCUUUUUUCAAUUGUGUGCUGCAUUCCCUUUGGGUAAACUGUGGAGAGCUGUAUGCUGGUGGUCAAACCUAGUGAAUGUGUUGUUGAUUAACUAAUCUGGAAUAAAGUCUGCCCUACUUCAUUUUUUUCACUAGUGUAAAGUAAAUUUAAAACAGUCUAACACCACAAUCCAAUACUUGUCUACUCAAAAGUAAGCCCCAUUUUGUUCAAUGAUGCUUACUUCCAGUAAGUAUAGUAUUUCAGCAUAAGUCUAAUUAGAUGGUUGCCUUUCUUUCUUUCAGAUCUCAAGGCUUUUGAAAGAAGGCUUACUGAAUAUAUAGCUUGUUUACAACCAGCUACUGGACGCUGGAGAAGUAAGUCAAGCUCUCUAAGAGCAGUACAAAUUUGCCUAUAAAUGCUUCGAUCAAAUUGUACCUACAUAGUGUAGUAUUAACAUUUCAGUAGCUUUUAUGAUAUAUUUGUGAUGCAAAAUUCUGCAUAAGAAAAGAAAAUAUAGGAUAAAUAAUACUGUCUUACUGCCAAAGAGAACUAUAGUACAGUGGUGUCCUGAACUUCUGAAAGCCGUUAUUUUUGGAACUAAGAUGAGAACAGCAACUUUUUUUUUUUUAAGCAUACCAACAAUCCUAUAAAGUAGGUUAGGCUUAGAGAUACUUACUCAAGACCCUUGUGAUUCCUUUACAGCUGAGCAGGGUUUUAUUCUGGAUUUCCCACACGAAAGAUCUCUAUUUAAGUGCAUCUGCGUCUCCUAUGUGUUCACUAUGCGUUUGAACACCUCUUAAGAUAUUGCCACCAAAAUUUGCAUGAUGAUUCCUGAGAUCAAGGAGCAAACAUCUAUAUUUGAAUACAAUUGGAUUCUAUUUUGAACGAAGAUGGCAGACUGAACCUUUCAAAACUGCACUGAUUUUUUGAUUUAUUGGAAUUCCAUGUACAAGGCUGCUAGUUAAUGAAUACAGUCAUGCUAAUUCUAGAAAAACAGAAGUCCUCUUCAGACAUUACUUGCGUGAAGAGGGGCAAACUGUUUUAGGGCAUAACUUCUGUAGCGGAGAGUCUGCUCUUUUAAUGGAGGCAUGCUUCUGUCUAUGGAGCAGCACACAGUGGCAGAAAUUGUGCCCCAGGACAUUAGGGAUGGGGCUAAAUGCACAACACUGCAGCCCCCUUUACUGUGCUUCUAUUUUUCAUGUGAGGAAUGCCUGAAUACUGCUAUAGUUAAUGGUUGCCUAUGGAAGAGAGGUUACUUCUGCUCUGAAUACCCAUGUGUUGAAGAAGUAUUUAUUGAACUUGGAAAUUUGCAACACAUUUAAAUUACUAGCUAACCUAACAAAAGGCAGUUCUUCUGACUUUUUGUGCCUAUUGAAUAUUGCAUAGAAUUAUCUAUUGAUGGCUGUUCCUGUGCAGAGAUUUUUUUUUUAAGGAUGAAUGAGGUACAGGAUGUGGUGUUCAAUGAACUGCAGGUUCCACUUAUUUCAGUGGAACGUAAAUCGCCCAAUUUAGUACGACUGUCAUGUUCUUUGAGAAUAACUAAGACCUUUUUUAGAAGUUAUCCCUUAUAUGUUGUGCAAAUAUAUUGCUUCUAACAUUUUCCUUUUCCAUUAGUAAUACUUAUAGUCGUAUCAGUCUGUACAGCAACUGGUGCCUGGAACUGGUUAAUAGAUCCUGAAACGCAGAAGGUGGGUAGUAGCAUUCUCAAAUGUCUUGCUACUGUGUUGUUUUCCUAUUUAAUCUAUUUGAACUUGUGGCAUAAAUUCAUGCAUAAUGCUAUGCAUAUAUUAACAGGUUUUAUAGACUGCUGGAAAGUUCCCCAUGGUAUCCUAUAGCCGAACCUAGACAUCAUGUUUAGUGUCAGUGCAGUAUUUCUAUCCAGGGUGGACUAGAACAAUGUUUGUGUCACAACCAGGGAUCUGGUUGCAUCAUGAUUUUUGGCUUGUUAGGUUAUAGCUUAAUCUAGUAGCUAUAAUGUUCUUAAGAUCAUAUCUAUGUGCCUAUUCUUUGGGACACUGCUAGCCUUCAUAAUUGCAAAGGUAGGAAGUUGGGACCUUUAUGUCAGUCAGAGCUUAUGAAGAGCCCUGCUGGAUCAGACCAAAGAUUUGCCUUGUCCAGCAUCCUGUUUUCACAGUGGCGAAUGAGAGGGAAAUCAAAUCUGUUGCUUUAUAUAUUAAUUUCUAAAUUAAUAAUUUAUUCCCCCUCUUAUAUUAGUGUUAAAAUUAGUAACUUGUUUGCCCCUCAUUCUCGACUGCAUAAUAUGCUUCUUUUAAAAUCAAAACAACUUCUGUAGGUUGAAGCAGACUUGUGGACAGAUGCCUUAAAAGUUAGCAGUGGUGAUUCUUUAGCUGAGUAUUGUGCUCUCCAAUGAAGAUUUAAAUAUUUUAGUUGUAUUAAUUUUAUUAAUUUCAAGCUAAUUGUGUAUUCAUAAAGCGUUGUUUGGUUUUCUCCUAGGUUUCUUUCUUCACAUCUCUAUGGAAUCAUCCAUUCUUCACAGUUAGCUGUAUUACUCUUAUAGGUUUGUUUUUUGCUGGAAUACAUAAAAGAGUGGUGGCACCCUCAAUGUAUCCUUUAUUCAGUACCUGGCAUAUAUUUAACCAUGAUCACACUGGCAAUAAUUUCAACUGAAGAAACUUUUAACUACUGUUCUAUUCUCUCUGAGAACAGAGUCAAAGAACGGAGAGAGUUUGAACACUUUUCUUGAACGGGGAGUACGGUCCUAAGCUCCUGUACUCCCUCUUUGUGGUGACAUGUGAAUAAGAUCAUCUCCUCUCAGGGUGGCGCUUUCCACAACAUUGUUUGUGACCCUACAGCCACUCUGCAAAACAACUCUAUGGUAAUUGUUCCCAGGAUAUAGCUGGAGUGCAAGGGUAGUCACAGAACUUUGCUACCUAUUACUUUACUGAUAAAAAAAAACACACAGAGAGCAUACAACUUGGGUGGGAAACCACCACUCAAGGGCUGAAUGCAGCCCGAGACCUCCCCAUCUGACCUUCAGUGCCCCUUCUCUCUAGUGCAAUCACUUUGCUUUGCUUUGCCAUGACUCUAGAGACUGGUAUGUUUCUUUGAUGUUUUCUGUUCAGCAUAGCAGCGCGAUGUCGAACAGUCCUGGCAGAAUACAACAUGUCCUGUGAUGAUGUAAGUGGCUUUGGUUUCCCUGGCCUAAUAAUCUUCCAGUACACAUUGUCUUACAUCCUCUAUUGUCUUUAAGUUCCCAGUUUACUCUAUGUGCUUCUAGUUUCUUCCUCCCAUCAGUGUGCUCGAGGUGGUCUAUUCUGCAUGGGACUAAGACAUUAAGGAUCUUUUUGCCCUAUAUCCUUCUAUAAGAAGUGGCCUAAAUAUUCCUUAUAAUGUUGCUAGUAGACAAACCUGAGUGCCUUCCUUAUCUGACAUGAAAUCCUUAAAUUAUUAAGAAAUGAAAGAUCAAUCAGGGUGCAUAUUGUGCUAUCUUUGGUCUGUAGCAUGCAAAAAAAAAAAUUUCUGUAUAUUCAUUGCACAGGAGACUGGGAACCUAUUAUUGUAGUUCACAUAUAAAAAAGAAAAGAAUUAAUCUACUAAUAACUGACUAAUUAGAUUCAUAAUCCUUGCAAACAAACUCUGUUCUCAGUUUCCACUCUUUAAGCUAGAUCAGCCUUUGUUAACUUGGCUCUCUCCAGAUGGCCAUGCUGACCGGGCUGAUGGGAGUUGUAGUUCAAAACAUCUGGACAGCAAGUUGGCAUAGGCUUAGCAAGACGACGGAGAAGUACGGUAAUCCCAACAUAGCAGGAGUUGCUGUAAUGUGAAAGUGAUUUCUUUCUUCCCCAGACUGGAAAACUAAUAUUGAAACCCCGGCUUCACGUCCAGUAA